AUGGAUGACUACAUGGGUUGGAAGUUGGAAUGGAAGGACCAAUUUUGCUGGCAGACGUGGUUUGAUGUUCUUUGGAAGGAUCCAUCUGGGUGCACUGCACCAGUCAGCGAUUUCCAAGGACACGUGUGGCACCCUGCUUGCUUCAAGUGCGAGACAUGCCAGCAGCCAAUCGCGGGAACCUUCGCGCGCAUCAACGGCAAGCUCACUUGUACCGAAUGCCGCGAUCAGGUGCUGUCCGCGGAAAAGGACGCGGCGGCACUCAAGGAAGUGCGUCCUUUGGACGAUCUGCCCAUCUGCCGGGGGUGCAAGAAGCCCGUGCAACAGCAUGAGGAUUGCCCGUAUUUCUGCGACAGAUGUGCCGAGCUCGAACGAUCGAAAGGUGAGGAGCACCAGACCACCGUGAGGAACACCUGCGCAGUGUGUGGUGAGACAUGUGACGAGGAGGAGGAUGCAUUCCAAUUGCUGGAUGGUGGCAUUCUGCACUGGAAAUGCUUCAAGUGCUCCCGUUGUGGGCGCAUGGAGGAGAAGACCAGCGACUCAACGCAAAUGGCACUGCUCCGCAGCAAGGUGUGCAACGCCAUCAAGGGCAAACAUUACUGUGCCACUUGCAAUGGCUCUGCUGAAGCACCAGGUGAUUCCUGCGAAGCACCAUCCAAAGGCUACCCAUCCCCUGCCACCGUUCCGGAAGCCCCAGCUGCUUCCACACCGGCGACCGCACCGGUGGCGGUUUCAGCGGAGCCUGUUGAGAGUAUACCGCAGGCGGUUUUAGCUCCUAUGACGCUGCAGGAGCUUCAAGACCCCAGCAUUUGGAAGGAGCGCGGAGUCGAGGCCACAAGCCGAGAACAGAUGCUGAGCGACGCUGACUUUGAGAACACCUUCGGGAUGACGAAGGAGAACUUUGGCAAACUUCCUGCUUGGAAGAAAGGGCAGAAGAAGAGAGAGGUGGGGCUUUUCUAA